UGUACCAGGAAGAAAAGUAAGAUGGCGUCAGGCAGCAAACAAGCGAAAAAUCUUGGUGCUAUGUUCAGACAAAUACAUGGAGUCCUAGUUACGCCAAAAUUAGCAGUUGUUGACAAGAAGACAAUAGAAAAGUCUUGGAAGAUGAUGGACAAAGUUGUAAAACUGUGCCAGCAUCCAAAAAUGAACUUACGUAAUAGUCCCCCGUUUAUUUUGGACAUUUUGCCUGACACAUACCAACAUUUAAGAACUAUUUGUAACAAGCACGACGAAAAAUUACAGUCAUUAAACGAAUGUGAAUACUUCAGGACUUUCAUCGAGAACUUGCUAAAUAAGUGCAAAAAUACUAUUAAACUAUUUAGGGAUGGAAAAGAUAAAAUGUAUGAUGAGAAUUCACACUACCGAAGAAAUCUCACAAAAUUAAGCCUUGUUUUUUCUCAUAUGCUGGCAGAAUUAAAAGCUAUCUACCCAAGUGGUACGUUUGCUGGAGAAAAUUUCAGAAUAACCAAAGGAGAUGCUGCUGACUGGUGGAAGAAAUCUUUUGGUGACAAAAUUAUUAUUCCUUGGAAAGAGUUUAAAAGUACUCUACAUGAAACACAUCCAAUAGGUUCGCCACUUGAAGCCAUGGCUCUCAAGUCAACCAUUGAUCUCACUUGCAAUGAUUUUAUAUCUGUUUUUGAAUUUGAUGUGUUUUGUCGGCUGUUUCAACCAUGGGUUAAUCUUCUUCGCAACUGGAAUGUAUUAGCAGUAGCACAUCCUGGAUAUGUAGCUUUUUUAACAUAUGAUGAAGUUAAAGCUAGAUUGCAGAAAUAUAUUAGUAAACCUGGGAGCUAUGUGUUUAGGUUAAGCUGUACAAGAUUAGGACAGUGGGCUAUAGGCUAUGUAACAACUGAUAGGCAGAUACUUCAAACUAUACCACAAAAUAAGUCUCUUUGUCAAGCUCUUUUGGAUGGUCAAAGAGAAGGAUUCUUUUUAUAUCCUGAUGGCCGCAUUCUUAAUCCUGACCUUAGUUUCCUUGUUGCUGAUAGCGAAGAGGAUCAUAUUCGUGUAACACAGGAACAAUAUGAGCUCUAUUGUGAGAUGGGCUCAACAUUUCAACAAUGCAAAAUUUGUGCUGAAAAUGAUAAAGACAUUAGAUUAGAACCUUGUGGGCAUUUAUUGUGUACACCAUGUUUAACUCAAUGGCAGGAUUCUGAUGGUCAAGGAUGUCCAUGGUGCCGAUGUGAAAUAAAAGGUACAGAGCAAGUAAUAGUAGACCCAUUUGAUGAAAGGCAAGUUCUGAAGGCAUCCUCUGGUACUAAAACACCAACUCAGGACUUAGAUGAUGAUGAGGAUGGAGGUGGUAUGUCAUCUUUACAUGCUUUAGCAGUAGGAUCCAAACACCAUGAAGGAAAUUCACCUUUUGAGUCUCCUGCUAUGUCUAAACGGCUUGUGCACCAAGCAUCAGAUAUUCCUCCACCUGUACCACCAAGAAGUAUUUCUCCACUACCAUCUCCAGGCACUUCACCUAAGCCACCGAGACGGCAAUUACCACCUACUCCUCCUAAUGAUAAUGUGCAAAAAAGUCCUGAGUCAGCAAAUCUUGUAGCAAAACCAACUUUCAACACAAAUAAUUCGCUUUCAGGUAUAUCAUAUGCAGAGCUUCGUUAUGAUGUCACUACACAGGACAAUGAUCCUUCAUCACCUUCAUCUGCAUCACAAUCAGCAGAGAGUGUGUAUGAUCGACCUUUACCUGGGACUCAUCCUGCAGGAACUGGAGCUGCAGGCCAUGAAGAUAAACCCAAUUUAUACAGAUUAAAUAGUGACUAUGCUAUCCCACCACCUAGGUCAAAAGCUUACAAAGAAGAUCCACCACCAAACGCCUUAGUACCUCCACCCCGUCAUGAGGGUCUGCGUGAAAAUCAAGACAUUAAUAAAGAGAAUGAUCAGAUAACUUCUAGUAUUAAUGAUAAUCAUGUCGACACUCUUGUUGCUAUGGGCUAUGGAAGGAUACAAGUGAUUGAUGCACUCAGGGUUGCAAGAAACAACAUUAAAAUGGCAGAAGAAAUCCUAGAAACUUUUGUAAAACAAAAUAAUGUUUAAUUAUAUAUUCACAGUUUUGUAACAAUAAAGCACACAUAUUGUUCUAUAUCUUAAUAAAGAUAUGUAUAUAAUGCACUUAGAUAAUUAAUUAUUCUUGAUGAUAGAUUUGCAAUAUGUUCACUUAUUAUACUGUUGUUAGUUUUCUUGUAUGAUGGUCCUAAAAUAGGUAACUUAAUAUUCUUAUUGAUUAUGACUGUUUUUACAGUUGUAACAAAGUAGCUGCUCUGCCUUUGUAAAUAUUAUAAAUACUAUUUAAAACGUGCAUUAAUUACAACAUAAAUCAAUAUUUUGCAAUGCCAUCCUAUCUUUCCAGAAUUUUAGCUGCAAGAUCAUUUAGUUUUGGUUUUUAUCCAUAAAAUUUUGUCUGAAAAGAUCAACAUACAAAAUGGUUAAUUUUGAUUUAGUAAAUAUUUAUAUAAUUUGAGACCUAUAUUUUUAAAGAAUUAUUUAUUUAGACAGUUUAUUAUGCUAGGAGUAGUUUAAAAAAUAAAAUUUUCAUUGUCUUCUGUAACUUGAGAUGCAAUUCUAAUUGUCUUUUCUAAAACAAAAAUUUCAAAUUCACCUUUCUCUUAGCAGAUUUUUAAAAUGAUUUAGUUCACUGAAUAUAGUAGUCUUACCUGUGCAAAGCUUGUUUCUUGAUUUUUUUGCUUUUAAAACAUGCCGCUGAUAGGUUUCUAAUAACUGCCCAUGUAAUUUGGUAUAGCUUACAGAGGGUUUGAAAACGAAUUUAGUUAUAGUUCUUACUUGUAAUAGGAAGGAAUGCUUGUAUUGAAAACAAAAUCUGGACGUGGCCUUAUUUAAAUGUACAUCAUUACAAAACAUAACUGAAUAUAUAGUAUGAUUUCUUUUAACAACUUAAGUUAACCAACUUUCUUUUGAAAUGUUUCUUCAACCUACUGGGUUUUUUGUAAAGUUAGCAGAUAGUAAUUUUUUUAGUAAAGUUCAUUUUCCAAAACUGGUGUUUUUCAUCCAUGGAUUUAUUUCUACAGCUCAGUUUGCAUGUAUAUAAUUGUAUAUACAAUUGUGAGUACAGUAAUACCCUAGUUUGCAUCAUUUCAGACAUUGUUUUGUUAGCAUUUUCUGUGUAUUUAGAGUAAUUUUGGUGCAAAAACAGUUCACAAGUUAGAUAUGUUCUGUGCAACAUUCCUUAAGCAAAACUGCAGAAUGUGAUAUAUAAAACUUUCCUUGACUUGAAAAAAUAAAUGAUCAAAAUAAGAUACUUUUUUAGGAAAAGUUUAUAAUUAAAUACUCAAUACUUUGUUCAAUCUUUUUAAUUAACUUUAUCGUGUUUAUUUAGGUUUGUUUUGGUAGAAUUGUUGUCAAACAUAAUUUACUUUGAACACUAGAUAAAUAAAAAUGAUCAUAUAUUUUAUUCAGCCUUAUAAAAUUUGUAAAAAAAAAAAAAAAUUCAUUUGCAAGUAUUUUCAUUGUGUGGAUAAUUUAAAUGUUUGACCUACAAAAGGGUAUUACUGUACAUCUCAAAUUAUUUAGAUACCACCAGACAACUUAAAAUUCGAUUUCAUAUUUCAUUAAGUUUAUAUUUUAAGUGGAAAGAUAUUGCCCUUUUUUAAUCAAGUGAAAUUAUCAAAUCUUUUGAACUGGUAUUAUUUAAUCAAUUUUUAUCUUCUUUCAUCCAGGUGUUUUUAUUCUUGGAUAUAAAAUUAUUAAUACUGAAAAAUAAGAGGGGUGGGAAAUUUUACAUAUCAUAGCAUACAUUGUUUUGAUUUUAACUUUAAAGUUAUCCUUGAUUAAAAUUAAAGAUAUGGUAUUGUAAUAUUUCUGUGAUUUUUUUAAAUUUUAUUUUAAUCCCCUGUGCUUAAACUAAAAAUUAAACAUGUAUGGAAAACAGUU